AUCGAGUUUAUCCACGUCUUCGUGUGGAUGAAACGUCAUCCGCAAACGCUCCGGCGCAUGGUCUUCGGUGACUUCAGGUCCUCUACGCUGGUUAAGGAGUUCCGAGCGGCGGCGUACCCCAACCUGCACACUGUCGUCUGUCCGCCCGUCCACGUGAAGGAGCGCAGGCGUGGGUAUAGCACGUACAAACCGCCCUCCGAGGUGGUCGAUCGGCUUCUGGGCCCGUCGGUGCAUACGUUUGUGUUCGACCUGGCCACCUAUGACCAGCAGUUGGGACUAUCUUCUACCGCGUUUGGGGAGCCGGAGGAGCGAUGGCUGCGGGAGCUGGCCCAUAUUGCCGCCGCCCCGGGCCGAAACUCGGCGCUGCGGACAAUCUACAUCGACUUUAAACCGGACCCGGAUUGUGAACAGGGAUUCGAUCCGGCGAACUAUGCUUGGGACCGUAUAGUGCGAUUGCAGAGGCAAUUGCAGCCCUUGGGCAUUCAAGUGGAGUAUACAGCGCCUUCGAUGAGGCGAGAAGAGUAUCACGAGCUGUGUCGCCAACAUCAGGAGUGGAUCGCGGAUGAAGCCCAUCGGGAGGAAAUGAGGAGGAUAUUAUUGUAG